AUGUCCUCCGCAAACCGCGGCACCCCGAGAGCGAACCGCCGUAAGCGGUCGCGCGAGCCUGACGACGACAUUCCCUCAUCUGCGGGACAGCUGCCACCCUCUAGCCCGCCUGCCUCCUCGCCACCCGUGCUCCCACGUGAUGACAUCGAGGACACCCUCGAUGUGGAUGAGGAAGACCUCAUCGGCGACAUUGACGACGCUGAUGAGAUGGCCGAGGACGAAGCCGGCAUCGACCUGUUUGCCGACAACUUCGAGAGAGACUACAACGAGCGCGAGAAUGACGUCUACGAUCAGCGAGACAUUGAUGACGAGGGCGACUAUGAAGCCAUGGAUAUGGCCACCAGGAGACAACUCGAAGCCCGCCUCAAUCGCCGUGACAGAGAACUGGCUCGUCAGCGCCAGAUGCCCGCGGCAUACCUACAGGACGACGAUGACGACAUUGGCGCCCUCGCUCGGCAGCCGCGCCGCCGCAGGCACCGUUACGACGAGGACCAGGAUGACAUGGACUUGGACGCCAACAUCAUGGACGAGGAGCUCUCGCUCGAAGCGCUACAAGAUGUGAAGGCUUCCAGUUUGACCGAUUGGGUUGCCCAGCCCGCGGUGCACAAGACAAUCGCACGUGAAUUCAAGUCUUUCCUGACCGAGUACACGGACGAGAACGGGACCUCGGUCUACGGCACCCGCAUCCGCACUCUCGGUGAGGUCAACGCCGAGUCGCUAGAGGUCUCUUUCGACCACCUCGCAGAGUCGAAAGCCACACUCGCCUACUUCCUUGCCAACGCGCCGUCCGAGAUGCUCAAAAUCUUCGAUCAAGUCGCGAUGGACGUCACCCUGCUCCACUACCCUGAUUACGAGCGUAUCCACUCCGAGAUCCACGUGCGCAUCACGGACUUGCCUGUCCAAUACACACUCCGCCAACUUCGCCAGAGCCACUUGAAUUGCCUCUGUGGCGUCACCCUGGGACCGUUCCCUCAGGACUCUCACGUCGAGGUCAAAAUCUCAUUUUGUCAAAAUUGCCAGUCAAAGGGCCCCUUCACGCUCAACGCGGAGAGGACCGUCUACCGGAAUUACCAGAAGCUCACUCUCCAAGAAUCACCCGGUACCGUUCCGGCAGGUAGACUGCCCCGUCACCGCGAGGUGAUUCUGCUCUGGGAUCUGAUCGACUCCGCAAAGCCUGGAGAAGAAGUUGAGAUUACGGGCGUCUACCGCAAUAACUACGAUGCCCAGCUCAAUAACAAGAACGGUUUCCCCGUCUUCGCCACGAUCCUCGAGGCCAACUACGUUGCCAAGUCGCACGACCAGCUUGCUGGCUUCCGCCUGACCGAAGAGGACGAACGCGAGAUCAGGGCCCUUUCCAAAGACCCGAAGAUUGUCGACAAGAUUGUCAGCUCGAUCGCACCCAGCAUUUACGGCCACACGGACAUCAAGACGGCAGUGGCCCUCUCGCUAUUCGGAGGUGUCAGCAAGGUUGCCCAGGGCAAGCAUGCCAUCCGUGGCGACAUCAACGUGCUUCUGCUCGGUGAUCCUGGUACCGCCAAGUCGCAGGUCCUCAAGUACGUCGAGAAGACUGCUCACCGGGCAGUCUUUGCCACGGGACAGGGCGCCAGCGCCGUCGGUCUCACGGCCAGCGUCCGCCGCGACCCUAUGACUAGCGAAUGGACCCUCGAGGGUGGUGCCAUGGUUCUUGCGGAUAGGGGAACCUGUCUCAUCGACGAGUUCGACAAGAUGAACGACCAGGACAGGACCUCGAUCCACGAAGCCAUGGAGCAGCAGACGAUCUCCAUCUCUAAGGCGGGUAUCGUCACCACUCUGCACGCCCGUUGUGCCAUUAUCGCGGCGGCGAACCCUAUCGGAGGUCGCUAUAACAGCACCAUCCCCUUCUCGCAGAACGUCGAGCUGACGGAGCCUAUUCUGUCGCGUUUCGACAUCCUUUGUGUCGUUCGUGACACGGUGGACCCCAGUGAGGACGAGCGCUUGGCGAACUUCGUCGUCAAUUCCCACGGCCGUGCCCACCCCGUCAACGCUGCCACCAACCCGAACUCCAUGGAAGUCGACGGUGAUGGUGACUCGGCAGAGGGGAAGGAGGGCGAGAUUCCGCAGGAUCUACUUCGCAAGUACAUCCUGUAUGCGCGCGAGAAGGUGUCUCCCAAGCUGUACCAAAUAGACCAGGACAAGGUCGCCAGGCUGUUCGCUGAUAUGCGUCGUGAAUCCCUUGCAACGGGCGCAUAUCCCAUCACUGUCCGUCAUCUCGAAGCUAUCAUGCGUAUCAGCGAGGCGUUUGCGAAAAUGCGCCUCUCGGAGUACUGCAACUCUGGCGACAUCGACCGGGCCAUUGCCGUGGCCGUCGAUUCGUUUGUCGGUUCGCAGAAGGUGUCUUGCAAGAAGGCGCUCGCUAGGGCCUUUGCCAAGUACACGCUGGCUCGCCCUGGCGCGGUACGCAACCCUAGCUCGAGGAACUCUCAAGUCAGAGUUAGCGCUUAG